GAAAUUCCUAUCCGAGAACAAGCAUGUCAAAUACUUGCACAUUCCAUAUACUGAUGCAGUUGUGGUUGUGACAUGCAAUCCUAUAUCUAAAUCGCGAGGUCCACCAAAGCAUAAACCUAAAUAUACUACAGAAGAAGCCUUGCAGCAUGUACGAGUUCUCUAUCGGGAGUCAUUGCAGAAGUACAGAGGUCAAGUUGCUGAUUCUGGUUCUCCUGAACCUGAGAUAGAUGAACUAUCAUUCACUGAACUGAGAGAUAAACUACUUGCUUUGGAUCCUCUCAACAAGGAGCAUGUAAUUGAAAUCAACAAAGCUGAGGCAGAAUUCUGGAGGAAAUCAGAAGGAUAUCGAGUAGGCUGGAGUGAUGAAAUUUUAGGCUUUGACUGUGGUGGCCACCAGUGGGUGUCAGAGACAUGUUUCCCUGCAGGAACCUUGUCAAAGCCUAGCAUGAAAGACCUGGAGUACAUUGAGGAAUUGAUGCAGCUCAUUGAGAAAGAAAGUGUACCUGCUCCUGCACCUAUAGAACAGAGAUGGACUGCUUGCAGCAGAAGUCGAAUGAGUCCAGCUUAUAGCUCAGCGGAUGGUGAUAUAUUCUCAUGGGUUGGAAUAAUUAUGUAUCUUCCAACCAUGGAUGCUCGGCAGAGGAGGCAAAUCACUGAGGAGUUCUUCCACUACAGGCAUAUGACGCAAGCGCAGUUGUGGGAUCAUUACUCUGCUUUUGAACAUUGGGCGAAGAUUGAGGUUCCUAAGGACAAGGAAGAGCUUGCCUCUCUGCAGGCAAGGCUAAAGAAGAAAUUUCCGGUGGAUGCAUACAAUCAAGCACGAAAGGAGCUGGACCCAAACCGCAUCCUUUCUAAUAACAUGCUUGAGAAGCUCUUC